AAACGCUAUAUUUCACUUAGACGCUUGUAAACACUGAAAUGGAAAGAGAAACUUACGUAAAGUUUUCCGUCUCUCGACUCAAGGACGAGUUAAAGAAAAAAGGAGCCACCACGAGAGGCAGAAAAGCCGACCUUAUAGACAGGCUUAAGGCAUAUGAUAGAAAUAAAGAUUUCAAGAAUGACCCAAUUCAUAUACCUGAGCCUUUGGAAGUUGAUUGGCCAACGAGGGGAUUUCAACAGCUCCAGGAAUCACAUAAAGAAGAAAUCCCAGAGAUAUGCAUUGAGCAGAUAGACAUGUAUUUUGUACAUAGAUUAGCAGGUGACAGACAAAGCACUGGUGAUGUCAAGGCUAUCGAGAAAGGAAGGCUGCUUGUUGAAAGUGAUAGAGUCUUGGCUGUGUCAUAUUUAAAGGAAGAUAAUUCCCUGUUCUUUACAGGCAUUGUUGGCGCAGCCAUGAAAACAAAGGUAACAUACAACUUCAAAUUAAAAUUUGACAAAAACUCGGGAGACAUCUUAAACAACCAUUGUGAGUGUCCUGCAGGACGAGGUCCCCAUGGAACUUGCAAACAUCUUGCUGCUGUUGCCAUAGUUUUACUCUCUUGUUCUGAAGGAAAAGGUUUGAGGAUUCAGAGAUCAUGCACAGAAAACCUGCAGACAUUUCAUAAACCCAAACAUUCAUACUCAGGUUCACCAGUCAAAGCUGAAGACCCAGGAAGCAGAAUCUGA